AUGGAAGAAAAAUUUAAGUUACCAUUUUUUAUCAAAAUUUUUUCUUUUAUCCUUUUGACAUGGAUAAAUCAUUUUAACAAUAACAUGAGUAGCUUUAAUAAAUAUUUAGAUGAGAAGUAUGACAAUAUUAGAAAAUUAGGUCAAAUAACUUAUCGUUUACUAGCAAAACGUAAACAGAUGAAACGUCCAUAUACUAUAUGGAUAAAUGAUGUGAUACCAAAUAAUGGAAGGUACAUAAAAAAAGAUAUAUAUAAUAAUGAAAAAAUAAAUGAAGAAAAAAAUAUAUUGGCAGAUAAAGUUUCAUUAAAAAGUGCAGAAAACUAUAAGCUACCUAAAAGAAAUGAAUCAUCUAUGUACAUUCGAGGAAAUUUAUAUUGUAAAAAAAGAAUAUUUGACAAAAUAUAUUAUAAAAAUAUAGUUAGAAAUUCAUGGAUUAAAGAUUUUAUAUCUUUAAAGGAAGAUAUAAAAUUAAAAUUACUUGGGAUUUUUAUUUUAGGGAGCUCCCAUGUACUAGUUGGUAUCACGUUAAUAGUCUUAGGACAAUUGGGGUACUUAUAUGAUGUUAAUAAUGUUAUAAGUUUAUUUAAUAAAAUAGGUCUAUUUGUUGUGUUAUUCUAUAUAUUAACAUUUGUAGUUGCAAUAGCAAUGUUGUUUAUACAAAGAAGAGUUGUAAAACAUUUAAAGGCUUUAGAAAAAAAGUAUGAUAUUAAUAAUACGGCAUAUCCUUCUUUACGUAAGGUAGUUAAAUAUAAUAAAUAA